AUGCCGAAGAAUAAGGGAAAGGGUGGCAAGAACCGACGCAGAGGAAAGAACGAGAACGACAAUGAAAAGCGCGAACUCACAUUUAAGGAGGAGGGCCAAGAAUAUGCGCAGGUCGUAAAAAUGCUCGGGAACGGCAGACUUGAGGCCAUGUGCUUCGAUGGCGUCAAGCGACUCGGACUUAUCCGUGGCAAGCUCCGGAAAAAGAUCUGGAUCAACAACGGCGACAUCAUCCUGGUCUCGCUGCGUGAGUACCAAGACAACAAGGGCGACGUUAUCCUCAAGUACUCGGCCGAUGAAGCCCGUUCACUAAAGGCCUACGGUGAACUCCCCGACCACGCCAAGAUCAACGAAACAGACACCUUCGGGCCCAACGAGGAUGGCGAUUGCGGUUUUGAGUUCGACGAAGACCGCGACAGCGAAGCUGAGGAGGACGGAGCUGCCGACGGGAAGAAGGAGAUUUCGAUCGACGACAUCUAA